CAAAACAAAAUCAGAAACCGCCCGACUUAGCCUCGCCAAUAUUGGACUCGACCUAGCGCCGGCGUAGCGCAUUGUUGUUGUUUAUUUUAAUCCAAUACAUGAAUACAUAUCUACAUGCAUGUGCAUAAUAAUUGCUCGCAUGCGCAUUACAUAUCAAAACAAGUGUAGCAACAACAACAACAACAACAACUUAAACUAUAACCUCUAAUUAAGACGUUAACAAAUCAGCACAUCUACAUAUAAUGACUGUCUCCUAUGCCGGUGAAGUGCCAAAUGGCAGUAGUUUUGGCUGCUUUUGGAAAAUCUUAUGGAAAUGGCGCGGCAGCGUUUACAAAUUAGUGUGGCGUGAAUUAAUUGCCUAUUUGUGUUUAUAUUACACCAUAAAUGUGAUCUACAGAUUUGGCUUAACGCCCAAUCAGCAGGCCAUCUUCAACAAGAUUCGUCUGUACUUUAGCCAACAGAGUGAGAGCAUUCCCAUGUCCUUUGUGCUCGGCUUCUAUGUGAGUCUGAUCGUGAAGCGCUGGUGGGAACAAUACAGAUUGCUGCCCUGGCCCGAUACGUUGGCCCUCUUCAUCAGUGCAGCUAUUCCCAACUCCAACGGUGGCGUUAAUAAUGAAACGGGUCGGCUGAUGCGUCGCAACAUUAUGCGCUAUAUGGUCCUUGCCUAUGUCAUCACUCUGCAGCGCAUUUCCUUGCGCGUCAAACGACGUUUUCCAACCACCCAGCACCUGGUCGAUGCGGGUCUUAUGCACGAGUCUGAGAUGAAAAUAUUCGAAGCGCUCAACCAGAAGAGUCCCAUGUCCAAAUACUGGAUGCCACUCGUCUGGGCGACAAACAUUAUCAAUCGCGCCCGCAAAGAUGGACUGAUUGCCUCCGAUCACAUCGUCCAAACCAUUCUCGUUGAGUUAUCGGACAUCAGACGACGACUAGGUGGAUUGAUCGGCUACGAUACGGUAUGCGUGCCGCUAGUCUACACACAGGUUGUUACGCUGGUACUCUACACCUAUUUCAUAGCUGCCCUGCUGGGCCGCCAAAUGUUGCCAAACGUAUUGGAUCGUACUGGGCGCGAGGAUCCCGACCUGUAUUUCCCAUUCUUCACUGUGCUGCAGUUCGCUUUCUAUGUCGGCUGGCUAAAAGUUGCCGAGGUGCUAAUAAAUCCCUUUGGCGAAGAUGACGACGACAUCGAACUUAAUUGGCUCAUAGAUCGCCACAUCAAGGCUGCCUACAUGAUUGUCGAUGAAAUGCACGAAGAGCAUCCCGAGUUGCUGCGCGAUCAGUACUGGGAGUGUGUGGUGCCCAACGAACUGCCCUACACAGUGGCCUCCGAGAACUAUCGGCGGGACGAGCCCAAGGGUUCGGCGGAGAAAUACAAAAUAAAGAAGGAGGAUGCCAUGUAUGCGAACAUUAUGGCCACCGGAGGUGGCAAACGUAUGCUCAGCGACGAUGUCUAUGCGGACUAUGAGAGCGUGGACACGCCUAUGGUGGAGCGCCGCAAGAACAAUUGGCUCGUCCGUCAACUCUCGCGCAUGGGCAGCAUGCGUAGUCAGUCGACGGCAUACUCCUCGGGCGGCCUGCCCUUCAAUCGCAAUCGCCUCAACUCCGUGUAUUCUAGUCCCGAAUCAGGCCUGCCCCUCACCAUAUUGCAACAACAACAGCUGCAACAACAACAACAGCAGGGGGGUCUGCAGCAGGGUCAGGGCAAGCCAAGUCUCUACGAGAAGUUUGUGCAUCGCAAGUCCCUGCGCGCCCAGCGCCAACUCAUCAAGCAAAAUUCCAAGCUCAAUGGCUUGAAUAUGAAUGCGGCAAAGACCCGGCCACGCAUACCUACACCGGAGGUGACGAAGGAGAUUGGCGCCAAUACGGUAGCCACCAGUGCUGUCAUAAUGGCGCCACAACAGCUGAGCACCCAAAGCACACCCGGCAUGUAUCCCUACACGAGCACCGGCAGCGGCACCAAUCUGCACCAGGACAGCGGACAAGUGCUGGGCACCUUGCUGCUGUCGCCGAUCAAAGAAAUGGAUAGUUCAUCGUCGAAUAACACUCUGAUUCCAGGCCAUCCGACGACAGCGGCUCUGGCGCAGGCCGUACUCCCAGGAGCCAUAAACGAUGGAUUCGUCAGCGCUGCAACAAUACCAGCAACGACCAAUAUCACAACCCUCUCCUUUCCAUUCACCGUGUCCAACAGUGUGGUGGACACGAUACCAACCGGCACACUCAGCAUACUCCCCAUAACGGCCAAUGCUCAGCUGCCGACCAUUACCACAACAGCGACCGGCUAUGACGCUAACGAUGUCCUCACCACCAUACCCGUUUCGCUCUCCAUACAGCGCUCACCCUCCUCGCUCUCCAUUGUCGAGCUGACGGGCAACAACAGCGCCGGCGACGCUCCAGACGGGCACAGCAACAGCGGCUCCAGCAGUGGCAAUGGCAUCACAACCACUGCCCUGCUCUCCGUCAAGCCGCUGAAUGGGAACGCAAAUAUAUCGCGCAACAAUAGCUUCAAUGUCAGUCUAAACCUGCAGGAUGCUGCCUUCCAGCAUCGCUCCUCGGUGCGCUCGGCGGGACCGACAGAGACGGUGAACACGUCAGUUCAGCUGCCAAAGAGCAGCAAAGAGGCAGCUGCCACAGGCGCCACAGCAGCCGCCUCCUCGGCACCCUCCACACUCGCAAAACACAAGCCUGAGCCCAAAACCGGUGAGGUCUAUGUGUGAGGAUGAUAAUUACAACUAAAUAAUAAGUAUCAGUAUCAGUUUAGUAAUUAAAUUAAUUGAAUUUAACGCUAAGUAUGGCACUGCGCCACCCAGAACCACUCACAAGAUAUUAUUAUUUACCUCACAGAGCAUACAAUUCGCUUCGAGAAGUGCCAACCAGCUGGCAACCAGCAUAUAGCGAAGAAGUUCAGUUCAGCGGUUCUUCAAUUUCAAUAGCUUAGCAUUUCCAUUAUAUAGUAUUGCUCUUAAGCAUAUUUUAAAUAUUUAGAAAAGUAAAUAUAUAAUGCCGAAGCCUCUGUAUACAUACA